GUUUGCACUACCAGCUGUCUAGAUGCGGGCUAGCUUACCGGCUAGCUGUUUGAGUUCCACUCGCCUCUUUAUUUGGGGUAAACUUAACGAAUAGCCCCUCCACCCCCGUUAACACCGGCUCACCCGGAAGUCGCAAUGCCGGUUCACUCCCGGGAGAAGAAAGAAAGUAACCACGAAGAAAUGGAGGUGGAUUUUCCCGAGCAGGACGGCAGCAGCACCGACGAGGAGGACACCGUUAGCUCGUCCGUGUCUGAAGAUGGAGACAGCUCAGAGAUGGAUGAUGAGGACUGUGAGAGGAGGAGGAUGGAGUGCCUGGAUGAGAUGACCACCCUGGAGAAGCAGUUCACUGACCUGAAGGAGCAGUUGUACAAGGAGCGUCUGAGCCAGGUGGACAUCAAGCUGCAGGAGGUGAUGGCUGGCUGUGCCCAGGAGUACCUGGAACCUUUGGCCAACCUGCAGGAGAACAUGCAGAUCAGGACCAAAGUAGCUGGGAUCUACAGGGAGCUGUGCUUGGAGUCGGUGAAGAACAAGUACGAGUGUGAGAUCCAGGCUGCCUGCCAACACUGGGAGGUGAGAGGUCAACCAAUGAGUCAGGGCUUAUGUGGGGGUCAGAGUGAGAAGCUGCUGCUGUUUGACACAGUGCAGAGUGAACUGGAGGAGAAGAUUAGAAGAUUGGAGGAAGACAGACACAGCAUUGACAUUACCUCAGAGUUGUGGAAUGAUGGAUUGCACUCACGGAAAAACAAGAAGAAAGACCCGUUCUGCCCUGUCAAGAAGAAGAAGCCCGUGGUCGUCUCUGGGCCUUAUAUCGUCUACAUGCUGCAAGACCUUGACAUUCUGGAAGACUGGACCGCGAUAAGAAAGGCGAUGGCAUCACUGGGGCCACACAGGGUGAAGGUGGAUGUCCCUGCAGUCAAGCCUGACAGACAUCACCAUGUGGCGCGCUUUGAGGACGGACGGCUUUUCUACGACAACCAGUGGUACUGCAGGGGACAGGCCAUCUGCAUCAACAGGAAGGACGAGUACCCGGCUAGCGCCAUCAUCACCACCAUCAACAACGACGAGGUGUGGUUCAAACGACUGGACGGCACCAAGUCCAAGCUGUACAUCUCCCAGCUGCAAAAAGGCAAAUACACUAUCAAGCACUCGUAAAACCACACUUUAACACACACAUACAGACCGACAGAAAUCAUCUCUGCUGUGUUUCGUUUAGUCUCCUUCCUGUGUGCCAUCUGUCUUCAUUCUUGCCAUGUGUACAGUAACGGACACACUCUGUGUAUAAGUAACAAAAGACAGACAAACAAAUAUCAACUGACCCUUCUAGUCUAAGGAGAUGAUCUUCCCUGUAAAUAUGUAGGUAUUUGUAUAUUAUUGACAAGGUCACAAAGUGUCAUUUUCUCUGGAACGGAGAUCAAUGCAAAGUGCUGCUAAAAAGAAGCAUAGCAGUGGUGAACUUUGAAGUGCGGAGCUCAGUGGCGUGCCUUUCUGAGACAGACCUGUCCCCAACUACCAGUAUCAAUGCAGCAAAGCCUUACUCUGUACUGUGUUAGCACCAAAAAGACUGAAGCGGGUCAGAGACCCUGAUCCAGGUGAGGAUGGGGUCAACAGUGCGUUUGAUUGGCCUCUCCAGACGCACCGGUUCCACUUGAAUUUCAUGCUCAAUGAAUCGUUUAGUAAAAGCAAUGAACAAGUGUCAAUACUGACUGAGAUGGAUUAUGAUUAAUUCAUUUUGAGGAAAUUAUUCUAUUGUGAAAAUAAUAAGAUAGAGCUGUUCUUCAAGAACACCCACUUGAAUUUUGUUAAAGCCAAUGUAAUUAAUGAUCUGUUGAUGUUUUAGUGUCAUUGUCACAGCACUAUAUUUAAAGUUUAGCCCAAGGCCAGCCCAAUGCACUAAGAACGACAUAAAAGCCUAACCUGUAUGUUAAGCCUACAGAGCUUUGAGGUGCCCUGUAUAUAGAGAUGACUUUGUGUUUCGUCUUCACUGUGAUUCUCCGUCACUUCUCAUGUUGCCAUGCGUCUGAUAGUGCCUACUGUAGAACUUAACAUUGAGAGCAGGGAGCAGGCUAAAGUUGCUCUACUCCACAGUAUGAACUCUGUCUGUGGAGCUGGGCUCAAACAACCUCAAAGUUUGUAAUUCAUUGUGCCAUUUUUCUAUUUUUUUCUUUAUUCAACCCAUUUUGUUUGUGCUGUGAUUGCGGGUUAAGUCCUGCAGUGUAAAUGUUGCACAUAAAAAAAAAAAAAGUUUCUCCCAUUCUCCUUCUUGUCUUGUCCUCUCAUUUGUCACUUCUCUAUCCCUGUUCCCCGUUGUCUUCGUCCUCUCUGUCAGUUUAAAUGUUCAAUAUUACAAUGAGAAAGAGGAUAAUGAGAGUUCUUUUGUGUGCACAAUCCGUCCAAUCCAACCUUCUGCGUAUGUAUUAAAAAUGCUUGAUUCAAUGAAGGGGACUUUUCAGCAUUGCAUACAUAUUUCAAAGUAUGAGCUGCCAACAGUAUUGUGAAGAGAGGUUACAUUUCAUCAUGAACAUAAACAAAGAAGCCCUGUGUGGCGUCCACUGAUAAAAAAAAAACUUUUUCAUCAUGAGUUUCUGCUUCAUUUUUACCUUUUUAUGCAUCAUGGUUCCUUUUCCACAUUUGAGGUGAAAAGAAUAAAAUGUGACAUUGUGCCAAUGCAUGUACAGCUGAUUAAAGAUUUUGUUUGUAUCAUUUAAA